AUGCUGUCUCUCAUCAUGCUAUUUUGGCUGGGGCUACCUGUACACCUUGCCUUGAUGAGCACACAUUGCCGGCAAAUUGAAGGCCCGCUGCAUAAAUAUGUUAAAAAGUUUUUCUUCUUCUGCAACCCUCCUGUCAACACCUCCCUGGUGGUCGGUUGCAAUCGAGUGACUGCCCUGCCAGAAGAUAUCAUUGACAUCCCCAGAGGAGUCCAAGCACUGUGUUUGUUUGGGAGGAUUAAAGUCUUGAGGGAAUGGGCUUUUCAAGCUUUUCCAGACCUGCGCUAUCUGAGCAUCCCAUUGGCCCCUUUUGUGAUCUCACCCGGGGCUUUCCAGGGUCUAAGGACACUGCAACACCUUGCGAUAAUGCACGGAGCUCCAGCAUCGCAAUGUAUCAACAUCACCAGCCUACCUGAUAUAUUGCUAUCCAUGCAUUCACUGCAGACGUUGUACCUUGGCAAUAUCUGCCUCACUAAACGAAGGGCAAUAAUGCUUCCUAGCACCUUGCGAUCACUUACAUUCUCUGUCUGUUCUCAAGUUCAACUUUCUGUGUGGCUCGACAUCUUUCCGUCAUUGAGGUCAGUAUCUCAAGUGACUGUAAAAACCUGUAGAAACUUAGGUCCUUUUUCUGCGAGGCAUCAUAAUUAUACAACUCAGCCUGCCAUAGCCUGUCGGAAUGAGGAAGCAAGCCCUGAAGGCCAAAGAAGUCCUCUAAAGUCCCUGAAACUCAUCCAUUUCCCUCUGACUCUCAGUGACCUUCUGAACUUAGAAAUAGAAGAACUUGACUCCCUCUCUUUGGAUAAUACAGAUCCAGUAAAAGAGAACAAAACUUCAUUGGUCUGUGCUCUAGCUUCCCGUUUCUCCCUCCGCUCUUUGAAACUCUCCCGGAAUCACUACAGAAGUUUUGAUGGUGAAGAACUUCAUGCGUGUUGCUCUUUGAAGAGUUUGGUGCUUCAAGACAACAAAAUGGAGAAUGUAGAUAUUUUGCUUCUAUCUAAACUCCCCCAGCUGCGGCAGUUGGAUCUUUCGGUAAAUAAGCUCCACUGGGCUCUGUGCCCAACAGUUUAUAAGAGCAUGAACUUUGCCUCCAGACUACAGACACUGGAUUUCUCUAAAAACAAUAUCACCAGUCUCCCAGCCGAUGCCUUCGACUGUCUGACAUAUUUGGAGAAGCUUUCACUCAACUCUUGCGGAAUUAAAAAAAUUGACCCUUUGGCCUUCUCUGGACUCAACAACCUCACGGUUCUAAAUCUGAACAGAAACCACAUUAAGUAUCUAGAAAAAGAGGUAUUUUCCAACCUAUCCAAACUCGCCUCCUUAGACCUGAACGACAAUCCCAUUGAGGUGCUAAGGAAAGACUUUUUCCUGCAUCGGAACAUGCUGAGAGAACUCAGUUUUGGUUCUCCAACGGGAGACUUGGAUGUGGAAUUUUCAGUUUUAGACCUUAAAGUGUUACAAAUUGCAUGCAAAUCUCGAACUAGGUUCUGGGGAGGAAGCAUCAAGGUUUUCUCCACUCUGGAGAGACUAACGUUAAGCUGCCAUCAGCUUGAGGUGGAUUCAUGCAAAUACCCCCUUUUCCCUCAAAUGAAGGGAAUCUCUUUGACAGGCCUUCAUAGAGUCACGGUUUCCUGUAACAGCUCAAGGCCUUUUUUGCAUCAUUUUCCUCUGCUAGAAAACUUUGACUGCAGGAUGUGCCUCUGGAAAGGAUUUAACUUGUCUCAUUUACCAAACCUAAGGAUCCUGGUGAUGGUCAAUGCUGGCAUUACGUUGAAUGACGUUUCCCAAGAUGAUGCUCAGUACCUCUUCCGGAACCUCGCUAAGCUGGAGGUGAUGUCCUUGUAUUCUUCAGGUCUGCAAUACAUUUCAGCCGUUCUAUUCCGAGAUAUGAAGAAUCUGCGUUUGCUUCUUCUAGAAAAUGAAUUACUGCUUCGAUUGGACAGUGGCUUUCAGAAUGAACUGAUGCAGCUCCGGUAUUUGUACCUGCAGAGCAUCACUUUUGGGUGCGACUGCUCCAAUGCUUGGUUGGUUAGUUGGGCAGUAGGGUUGAAAGACCUGCAUGUAUCCAUGCGUUCUUCAGUCCAAUGUCAGGAGCUGACUACGGUGAAGAAAAUUCACCAGUUCUUGCCCUUUGUUGAGCAGAACUGCAGCCUCAAGAUAGACUUCAUCCUCUUCCUCGUCACUUUCUGUCUGGUCUUGUCUCUUCUGUCAGUCCCCUUGGUUCAUGCUACUUGGGGCACAGAGCUCCUCUUCCUCAUUUACUUGCUGCGCGGUUGGUGGCGGAGGCUGCGUGGCGAGAUACGCAAGGGGACGAGGUACGGAUACGAUGCCUUCGUGUCCUACUGCAGCCAGGACCAGGAAUGGGUGCUACAGUAUCUGGUGCCCAACCUGGAGCAGAAAGGAUCACCUGCCCUAAAACUCUGCCUGCACAGCAGGGACUUCAUGGUGGGCAAGGCCACUGUGGACAAUAUAAUGGACAGCCUUUACAAUAGUCGAAAGACCAUCUGCGUGAUCAGUAGACAUUCCCUGUGCAGCCACUGGUGCUCUCUAGAGAUGAGUCUGGCUACAUACAGACUCUUAGCUGGGAGAGAGGAUACACUGAUCCUCAUAUUCUUGGAGCGCAUCUCCAGGUACCGCCUUUCAGCUUCCCAUCGCUUGGCCAAGCUGGUGAAGAAGAAGACUUACUUGAACUGGCCCGAGGAGCCAGCUGCUCAGCUUGCUUUUUGGCAUAGUCUGCGGAAUAGUUUUAGGAGGCCCCAUGGAGAGGAAGAGAGCAGUUUUUAG